GUUUCCUUCCUGGAAUGUGAACAACAUUCAACAAACUCAUGAACUUAUCCUGUCAUUUUGCCAUCAAAAUUAGUCGUUAUUUAAUCUGAUCUCAAUUAAACCUUGAGUAUGAGUCUCAAAUCUGUAUUUACCAGCAGGAAAACAGGGCCAGUCACAAUCUCUACCAGAAUGCACAUCGCCAGACGUCGCCUCCCCAACCAUAUGUCAUGAGUUCAAGACCACGCUCCAGGAUCAGAAGUGGCCCAUCACCUAGGGCGAGGUCCAGAUCAAAAAGCCGCACAAGAAAGAGCCAUCGGGAGACUGAACCAGCUCCAGGACCGUCACCCAGGGUACUGUCUGCAAGGGAGCCUCAUCUUGGGCGACCAAAAAGUUGCUCAUCACCACGUCCGAGGAACAACCUUGUAAGGACAAGAUCAGUUGCUGAGGAGUUGAGUGUAAUCUCGCUUGACUUUGCUUAUCGGAGUAAUAACAAGUUGCCAUCACGGCCUCUGAGUGCUAAGGUACUCACAACUGAUCAGAGAUCGCGACCGCUACCAGAUUUGAUAGCUAAUAUUGAAGGACACCUGUUGGAUGGGGCACUGACUCCAAGACCACCAGUCACUGAUCGUCCACAGAGUGCAAGACCCCCCAGGAUGGAGCGACCGCUUACCGCACGACCUCCAAGACCUGUGCGUCUCCCAAAGAAAUUCCCAUUCGGCAAACUUCCAUUCGAUAUGAAACUGAAGGUUUUGUCCUUCCUCACUGAUAUUCAAAAAGGGAGGAGCAUGUGCGUGUCUAAGGAGUGGAUGGAGCUACUCACAACCCCAUGUCUCUGGUCCAUUGUUAACUUCACUGCCUUGCCAUUGUGUUUUGAGAAUCACUACUGCGUUCAACAAUGCUAUGAAAAGUACUGUUUGAGAGUGAAAUCAUACUUCAAUUUCUUGAACGGCAUCCGACCUCCAAUUAAACGCUUUUGUUUUGAAUAUGAUCUCGCAGACAACUGGUUGAAUGCUCUUGAAGACUUCUUAGUCAACUCAAAUACAAAACGGAUGGAAUUUGCUCACAUCAACUGGAAGGAAACGCCCAUCAGGCCUUUUUGGAACUACAAUCUGUGCACACCAGAAACUUCAGGCGAGGCUUUCUCCCAACGCUCAAAGUUACGCCAAGGGAUGUUUGUCCAGUUCUUUGAUUUGUUCUCUCAGAUCUCACCGGCGUUAAAGCAGCUUGUUCUCCCGUUCGAUUGGUCAGAAGCUACCGUUCAAAUGAUGAAACGCUUCAAACAUUUAGAAAUUCUGGUCAUUGAGAAAUAUUUUGUGUUCCAAAACAUUCGACAGAGUGCCUUAGAUGGUCUGAUGAGGAAUACACCAAAAGUAGAACGUUUGUUGGUAGAAAUCUGGGCACCGGCCGGGAAUAACUUGACACUGUAUCACAUGGGGUCAAAGUCCAUAAAAUACCUUGACAUUUCGCAAUGUCGCGGCUUCUAUCUGAAAUCAAUCGAGAUGCCAAGGCUGACCGUCUUCAAGACGACACGUCGGCCAUGGAAUGGUCCUGUGACUCCUGUAGACAGUGUGAACCUGCCUUGUAUCUAUAGUAUUCUCUCAAAGGGAGCACCCAAUCUUGCCCAGUUGAACAGCCUGCAGUUAGAGCCAAACUGGAGGGACUAUCUCUACAAGGAGCUGGAUGAACACCUCAAGGCCAUUUGUUGUUGUCGCAAACACAAGUCUGGGUGGGCGAUGUGAGGGAUGUGCGAUGCUGAAAUAGAUCCUCAAAGGCAACCACAAUGGGUAGAUAUUGUAUUUUUGGCGUCCAAGAUUGGGUAGGCCCUGGUUGUCCUUUAAGGGGCCAUUUUAUCACUUCCAAGGGGUUUUUAACAACAUUAUUCGUGUAUGUAUAUUCCCCUCCCCUGUAAUGGCACCUUCAAGUAGGAAAAUAGGCUAGGGUUCCUUUUUUUUUCCCAUCGACAAGAGCCGAGUCUGAAUACUGUGUGGUAGACUUUGAAACUGUUCUGAUGAUUCAUGGGUGAAGUAGGAAAAUAAGGGUUCCUUUUUCUCCCCAAGGAAAAGGGCUGGGUCUAAAUAAUGUGUGGUUGACCACGAAGCUGUUGUGAUAUUGGCUUAAUGGGUUGACUCACAUUUCAUUCGGAUUUAUCUGAACAAUACAAGAACCUCAGCCAAGAUGCUUGCCUUUUAUAACUGUUGCAAUACUAUAUUUUAAGAAAACAUUUUAACUAAUUUAUGACAGCCUGUUUAUGUGAAAAAUUAUGUCAAAAACACCCCAAGAUCUCACUUAUUUUAGUUUUAGAUCGAUGCGUAUGUAAUGUCUCAUUUUAUUCUGUAUUUAUUUUGGAGGAAAUAUAUAUUGAGUCUUAUAAUAAAAGUAAUGUAUUUUGAAA